AAGUCAAUGAGUGAACCGGAUCCACAGGUGCAUUUAUUCACAGUCUCAUUAACUGUCCUUCAUAUCAUUGUGCUCAAUCGAGCAGGACAACAGAGAAGACAUUCGUCGAGGAGGAGACGGCUAACAGUUUCAGAUUACAGGAAAGAAUCCGCAGCAUCAAAAAAAAACAAACAUGACUGACAAACGCUAUCACAGAGUCAUGUCUAAAGACGGGCACAAUAACGUAAAGAUCGAUCACGUGGAGGGGAUGGUGAAGCUCUUCCUGCACGACAUCUGGACCACCGUGGUGGACAUGAAAUGGCGCUAUAAGAUCACUCUGUUCGCCUCCACGUUUGUCAUGACGUGGUUUGUCUUUGGGGUCAUUUUCUACCUCAUUGGUUUGAGGAACGGUGACUUUGAUGCAGAUCCGGCGUCCAAUCACACGCCAUGCCUCUUGAAUGUGGAAACGCUGACAGGCGCAUACUUGUUUUCUCUGGAGACUCAAACCACCAUCGGUUACGGGUUCCGUCACAUCUCAGAGGAGUGUCCCCUCGCCAUAGUCAUGCUGGUCAUCCAGCUGGUCAUCACGGGACUCGCCGAGAUCUUCGUCACCGGCGCGUUUCUGGCCAAGCUGGCGAGACCCAAGAAGCGUGCAGGUACCAUCAAAUUCAGUCAAUCAGCGGCGGUCUGCAAGCGUGACGGGAAAUGGUGUUUGAUGGUGCGAGUGGCCAACAUGAGGAACAGCCUGUUGAUUCAGUGUCAGCUCUCGGGUAAACUACUGUCGCCUCAUGUCACCGAAGAGGGCGAGAAGACCCUGAUCCACCAGACCAGCGUGGACUUUCAUCUAGACUCCAGCAAUGAGUGUCCGUUCCUGCUUCUGCCACUCACAUUCUACCAUGUUCUGGAUGACAGAAGUCCACUGGCCGGCCUCACGGCUGAGAAUCUCCUGACGCGGGAGUUUGAGCUACUGGUCACUCUUAACGGGACGAUGGAGUCCACCGCCGCCACCUGUCAGAGCCGCACGUCUUACGUACCCCAGGAGAUCCUGUGGGGUUACGAGUUCAAACCUCUGCUCUUCAACACAGCGGGCAGAAAACUGGCCGCGGACUUCAACUUCUUCGAUAAAGUUCAAGCCUGCAUUGAGCCGCUGACGAAUCCAGAACUUCAGAAAGAAACUCCAGCUGGAGGAGGAGUGCAGACGGGAGUGAAGAGACGAAGUCAAGAAUGUGCUGCACAACAGACUGAACACUGGAAAACCAGCUACAACAUGAGCUGGAAAAUUAUCUGGCAAGUUUAAAUCAUUCUG